GGAGGGGCAGUGGGGAAGUGGACCGGAUAAAGAGCGAGCUUGCUGCCCUGGAACAUGCGCCGAAGCCAAGCUGAACAGGGACGGGUCCCCGCCGACUCAGCCGCGCCAGCCCGGGAUGGCCUAGUCAGUUUAGCAGUCAACCGACAGUCGCUGCAGGCAGGGCCAAGUAUCGGUCAAGUACCCGCCUCUCUAACCUCCUGGUUUAUUACUGGCAGGUACCCCAUCGGCCGGUAUCGAUUCCCAAACCACCAAACAAAACAACUCCCCCCUAUCUCAGCUCUACAGUAAUCCAUAAUCGAGUCCAAGUCUCUGGACCCAACACUGCUCAUUAUUCCCUUAUUCAUACCAGCUACCAGCUAGCAGCUUACUGCCUUAAUUCCUCCCGAUGUCCGGCCGUUUCGUCAGAGCGUCGAAGUAUCGACACGUCUUCGGCAAGCCCACGCGCAAGGAGUUCUGCUAUGACAACCUCCGCAUCAGUCACAAUGCCUGGGACACCAACCUCAUAAAGGCCAACCCCGAGUACCUGGCCGUGAACUGGGAGUCGAGCGGUGGUGGCGCCUUCGCCGUCAUCCCCCUCAACGAGCGCGGCAAGCUUCCCGACCAAAUACCGCUGUUCCGUGGCCACACCGCCGCCGUCCUCGACACUGACUGGAACCCCUUCAACGACCGCUUGAUCGCCUCUGCCUCGGACGAUGGAAAGGUGUUUAUCUGGCAGGUCCCCGAGAACUUCACCCUCUACACAGACGCCGAAGAGCCAGCCGAUGUCUCACCCGUCAGCAAGCUCUCUGGUCACACGAGAAAGGUCGGCCAUGUCCUCUUCAACCCCGCCGCCGAAAACAUCCUCGCCUCGACCUCUGGCGACCUGACGGUCAAGUUCUGGGAUGUCGAGACCGGCCAAGCCCCCAUCGCCCUCAAGCACCCCGACAUUGUGCAGUCUCUGUCGUGGAGCGCCAACGGUACCAUGCUUGUCACCACCUCUCGCGACAAGAAGCUGCGCGUGUGGGAUGUGCGCCAGCAGUCCGCAGUCCACGAAUACCAGGGCCACGAGGGCGCCAAGAACAGUCGCGCUGUGUGGCUGGGUGAACACAACCGUAUCGCUACCACUGGUUUCUCCAGGAUGAGUGACCGUCAGGUUGCCCUGUGGGAGCCUGGCAGGCAGGACCCCAUCGGUGGUUUCAGCUCGCUCGACUCCAUCUCUGGUGUCUGCAUGCCUUUCUGGGAUGACGGCUCUAACUGCCUGUACCUUGCUGGCAAGGGUGACGGCAACAUCCGUUAUUUCGAGUAUGAGAACGACAAGUUGGAGUUCCUGGCCGAGUACAAGUCCGGCGACCCCCAGAGAGGUAUCGCUUUCGUGCCUCGCCGUGGUGUCAACGUCCACGAGAACGAAAUCAUGAGGGCCUACAAGACCGUCAACGAUCAGUACAUCGAGCCCGUCUCCUUCACCGUUCCCCGUCGUGCCGAGACCUUCCAGUCCGAUAUCUACCCCCCUGCGACCGGCCUCAAGCCCGCUGUGUCCGCCAAGGAGUGGUUCGACGGCAAGGACGGCAUCCCGGCCAAGAUCGACAUGGAGAGCAUCUACGAGGGUACCGCACCCAGGGAGGUUCCCGCUGAUUACAAGCCUCCUACUGCCUUCUCGUCUCCUGCCCAGGCCCCCGUGCCCAAGAGGGAGUCCACGCCCCCAUCUGCUGCCCGCGCGCCCCCGCCGAGCGUGUCGGACCAGAAGGCCUCCAUGUCCGCUAUUGCGAACAAGUUCCAGGAUAACGAGGACGCCGAGCCAAGUGAGGGCGAGUCCUCUCCCUUCGAGGAGGUUCCGCGCCCCGCUCCUAGAGCCGCCGCCCCGGUUCCCGUGCGAACAUCUCUCCCUCCCGCUACCCCAGUCCAGAAGCUUGCCUCGCCCGUCAGGACCACCACCGCCGCCGCCCCUGCGCCUGCUCCUGCCACAUCCUUCCCUGCUGCCGCUGCCGCUUCCUCGGCCGUGGGAUCUGUCGAGGCCUCUCUUGCCCAGAUCACGCAGCUCCUUGAGCAGCAGAGCAGGGUCAUUGGUGCCCAGAGCGACAAGAUCCAGGCCCAGAGUCAGAUCAUCAGCCAUCUCGCCACCGAGGUCGAGACCCUCAAGAAGAGGGUCGGACCCGGCCCGCAGGAUCAGAGCGAGAGAAUCAGACAGUUGGAACUGGAGCUCGAGGCUGCUAGGUCGUAGGCGUCAGAGUUUUGAGAGUUUUGGUCCAAAGUUUCUACGUCUCUCUCUCUCACUGGGUUAUACUGCCAGACCAAGUCCUUGAACAUACGUCCUUUCUCACCGAUUUAUAAUGAAAGUCAAUGUUGGGGUAAGUAAUUGUUGGACACGUAUGGAUGAUUGGAACGACGAUGAUAGCUUCAAAUGGGGAAUGAAACGAAAAAGCAAGCAAGCAAGCAAGCAAGCAAGCAAGCAAGCAAGCAAGCAAGCAAGCAAGCAACUUGAAGAAGAAGAAAGAAGGAAAGCAUAGCCAAGGCAAGCAAGGGAAA